AUGUCUACACAGACCAACACCCAGACCCAACCCACAUUCAACGUCACCAGCGAUAUCCCGAUCCCUCGCGGCGACGUGCAGUCCAAACUCAUCUUCUACAAGCCCCCCGAGGAUGGCUCUGCGCCGUGGAACUACGUCGAACAACCGCCAGAGGGCUACCCCCAGCGCAACUACGGCGAAGAACCACACGAAAUCACCCUUCACGACAUCCGAGGCCGCGAACACGAAUUCGACAUGAACAUCAACGGUUUCGGCACCGUCUCGGGGAUUGAGAGCAAGGAGAAGGACUUCACAGACGACCAGUCGAUCCAAGACAACUACUACCCUGAAAUUGAAAAGUUGAUCUUGGACAAGGUGCCCGGAGCGAAGAGAGUGUAUAUCUUUGACCACACUGUCCGACGGAGUGAUCCGAAUGCCAAGCGCGCGCCUGUGAAUCGCGCGCAUGUGGAUCAGACAGGACGGUCUGCCAACAUGCGCGUGGACUACCACAUGGGCGACGACGCGGAAGAGCUCAAGCAGGGCCGCGUGCGACUCAUCAAUGUCUGGCGUCCUCUCAAUGGACCCGUCGUUGCCUCUCCCUUGGCAUACGCCGAUUCGAGGACCGUUCCGGAUGACUGCACUGUUCCCGUCGAGCACCGGUAUCCCCACCGCACUGGCGAGACGGCUGGCGUGAGGUACGCCGAGAGCGGCAAGUGGUACUACUGGAGCGGAAUGAAGAAUGACGAGAGGAUCUUUUUGCAGUGCUAUGACAGCCAGGACGGGGCGAGGACGCCACACUCUGCGUUUGUGGACCCGAGGACGCAGGCGGGCUGGCCUGGUCGGGAGAGCAUUGAGGUCAGGACAUUGGUGUUUGGUUAG